CUCCCCAGGUCCGCGGGGGGAAUGCGCCAGCCCCCCACUGGGGGCGCUAUGGGGCGCACGCGGCCGGCAGGGGGCGGAUAUGACGCGCCCGACCCCAUGGGGGACCCGUACCGAGGGGGGGGCGGAAUGGGCGGAUACGACAUGGGACGACGCCCGGAUACAGUAGCGUCCCGGCAGGAGAUGGAGAGCAUCAAGCGCGAAUCAGCCAAGCUCAAGGACGAUCUGGAUGUACUCACAGAGGAAAACGAGUUCCUGGUGGAUAAGCUGCGCAUGGCCGAGGAGGACCUCAAGGAGAAGCAGGCGCGCGUGCAGGAGCUGGAGAAGCAGGUGGCCAAGAUGGGAGAAGGGCUCAGCCUGGAGGCCCGUCUUCUCAACAAGAAAGAGGCGGUUCUCAAGCAGCGCGAGGCGAGUCUGAAGGAGAUGAAGGACAAGAGCAAGGACGUGAAGGAGGUGGAGAUCACCACGCUCAGGAUGGAGCUCGAGUCCCAGAGGGAGGAGGCGGCAGCAGCGUUGGAGGAGGCAAGGCAGGCGAGUGAGGAGGUGAGGGCGCUGAGGAGCCUCACGGCGCGCAUUCUGCUCACUCCCGAGGAGAAGGAGGAGGUGGUGCUCAAGCGCUGCUGGCUCGCGCGCUACUGGGCGCUGGCCUCUCGCCACGGUGUGCAUGCGGAGAUCGCCAGCUCUCGCAGCGACCACUGGCAGAAGUACUCUCCUCUGCCCUUCGAGGUGGUCAUUGACGCGGGCAGGAAGGCCCGGGAGGAGCCUGACGGUGGCGAGAAAGAGGACAAACCAGCGGCGGUGGGCACGGAGAGCAACAUAGAGAGCAUGUUUCAGGUGGAGAAGGCCCUCAGAGACCUGGCGGCGCUCAAGGUGGAGGAGGGGGUGCUGCUCGCCAUGGCCCAGCACCGCCGCCCCGCACUGCUCAAAGUGCACUCGGCACCGUCAGCUGCUGAAGAGGGUCCAAGGAUGGUCGAGUCUAUGGAUCUGAGUGAUGAGGAGGUGGAGGACGUGAGGUUCAAGCAGAACUGGCUGGUGUACUGGUGGCGGCGGGCACGCGACCACAAGGUGGAGCCGGACAUUGCGGCAGAGCGGCUGGCGUACUGGAUCUCCAGGAGCACUGUGAAACCGACUGCGCACGAUGCUGUCGAUGCGGAGCGCGGGCUUAUGGAGGUCCGCAAGCUGAACCUGGAGCAGCAGAUGUGGGAUGCUUCCAGGAAGGAUCUUGUUGCCGAGGCUGCAGCAGCGGCUGCUGUUGCUGCUGUGGCUGCAGGGCCGCCUCCCUCCAGCAAAUAA